GCGAAAUUUAUCCCCUACACUACAUUUUAGGUGAAGUUAAUCUCCUCUCUCUAUACUAUUUCGUACCAACUUCAGUCUUCAGUAUGUUGCGAAGGGGUAUUAGACUGUUUAGUAUAUCAAUAGGUACUUGUCAGAAGGCAAAAGUAUCACAAGAAGUUUUAUCGCGGGAUGAGAUUCUGAAGUUGUUGAAUACUCCUACUUGGAAGGUAGGAGAUUUGAUGAAGACCACUGAGGAAGAUAUACAAGAUGUUAAAGUUGAUUCUAGUAUAAUACGAAAGAUGCUCAAACUUUCUGGAUUAAAAGAAGAUGUUCUGCCUGAACGAGAAACCGAAUUAAUACGAGCAUUAAAAUUGCAGAUGGGUUUUAUUAAGAAAUUGUAUGGAACAGGUGAAGAAAUGAGUGUUCGGGGGAAGAAAUCUAAUGAUACGAAUUUUAGAUUGAUGGCGGAGGAUCAUAAGCCAGAUACUCCAUUGACAUUGGAUAUAUUACUUGCUGAAAUUGAUGCCUUACCCAAUAAAGUUGAUCCUGAAAAGGGAGAGUUUACAUCGUCGAUUGAUAUUAAAAAGUUAAGAUCAAGCAACAAUCCUUUAUUCAGUUCAAAAUCAAUAGAGAAAGUAUGAUUCAUUGAUGACUAUAGUUUACGACAC